AUGGAAGCCAGAGUCUUCUGCUGGACCACUUCCUUUCUCUUGGUGGUGUGGUGCUUGCCAGUGCUGGCCUGCCCUAGCCGGUGUCUUUGCUUGAAGAGUACUGUCCACUGCAUGCACUUGAUGCUGGAUCACAUUCCUCAGGUGCCACAGAUGACCACAGUCCUAGACUUGAGAUUUAACAGAAUAAGAGAAAUUCCUGGGAGUGCCUUCAAGAAACUCAAGAAUUUAAACACUCUUCUCCUGAACAACAACCAAAUCAGAAAGAUUUCCAGAAAUGCUUUUGAAGGACUUGAAAACUUGCUGUAUCUGUAUCUGCACAAGAACGAAAUUCACUCACUAGAUAAGCAAACAUUCAAAGGACUUAUAUCCUUGGAACAACUGUAUACCCAUUUUAAUCAGUGUGAGAUGAUAUCUCAUCUGACCUAUCAGAAACUGUUAUCUGAAAGAUUAUUUUUACAUAACAACAAAUUAUCUAAAAUACCACCUGGGAGUUUUUCUCACCUGGACUCAUUAAAAAGACUGCGUCUGGAUUCUAAUGCUCUUAUUUGUGACUGUGACCUGAUAUGGCUAUGGGAACUUAUGCAACAUUAUGCCCGCGAUGACCAAACUCAGGCUGCUGCUACAUGUGAACAUCCCAGAAGGCUCCACGGACGUGCCAUCACUUCCGUGUCUGUAGAGGAAUUUGAUUGUGAGAGUCCUCGAAUUACUUUUGAGCCACGAGAUGCGGAGGUAACAUCAGGAAAUACUGUCUACUUCACUUGCCGGGCUGAAGGAAACCCCAAACCUAAGAUUAUUUGGCUACAUAACAACCAUUCAUUGGAUUUGAGAGAUGAUAACCGACUUAAUUUGUUUGAUGAUGGGACUCUCAUGAUCAGAAACACUCGAGAGUCAGAUCAAGGUGCAUAUCAGUGCAUGGCCAGGAACUCAGUGGGAGAAGUCAAGACUCAGAAUGCCAUGCUCAGAUACUCCAGUCCUCCAGCCAAACCAAGUUUUAUUAUACAGCCCCAGGACAAAAAGGUUCUAAUUGGUACCAGCACAACUUUAGAAUGCAUGGCCUCUGGCCACCCACACCCCCAUAUCACUUGGACCAGGGGCAAUGGAGUGUCACUAGAUGGACCCAGACAUGUGGCAACUUCAGGAGGACUUUACUUACAGAACAUCACACUGCAGGAUCAAGGUCCAUUCACUUGUCAUGCCAACAAUAUACAAGGCUCCAUCCACGCUACAGCAAACAUAAUUGUGCAAGCUCCUCCACAGUUUACAGUAAGUCCCAAGGAUCAAGUGGUGCUAGAAGGACACACUGUGGAAUUUCUUUGUAAAGCUGAGGGCAAUCCAGCUCCAGUCAUUGCCUGGACAAAAGCAGGAGGACCACUCCCUCAGGAGGGUCGGUAUUCAGUUCUCUCCUCUGGUGCCUUGAGAAUUGACCAUGUAGCCCAUCAUGACCAAGGACAAUUUGAAUGUCAAGCAGUUAGUCCAUUGGGAGUGAAAAAAUUGUCUGUCCAGCUAACUGUAAAACCCAAAGCUCUCCCGGUGUUCACUCAGCUACCUCAGGAUACAAGUAUAGAGGUUGGAAAGAAUAUAAACAUUUCAUGUCAUGCUCAAGGAGAGCCACAGCCCAUAAUUACUUGGAAUAAGGCCGGUGUUCAGAUUACCGAGAGCGGCAAAUUCCACGUUGACGGUGAAGGCACACUCACCAUCUACGAUGCAGGACACGCUGAUCAGGGAGCUUAUGAAUGUGUGGCUCGGAAUUCAUUUGGCCCGGUGGUGGCCACCAUGUUUCUCACAGUCAAAGCAAUACAGGGAAGACAAGCUGGUGAUGACUUUGUUGAAUCAUCCAUUCUUGAUGCUGUACAGAGAGUUGACAGUGCAAUUAACUCCACACGAAGACAUUUAUUUUCACAAAAACCUCGCAAUCCCAGUGAUCUGCUGGCUCUGUUCCGUUAUCCACGAGACCCAUUUACAGUGGAGACAGCAAGAGCAGGGGAAAUUUUUGAGCACACACUUCAGUUGAUCCAGGACCAUGUGAAGCAGGGGCUCACUGUGGAUCUGGAAGGCAGAGAAUUCCGCUACAAUGACCUGGUGUCCCCCUUCUACCUCAGCCUCAUCGCCAAUUUAUCUGGAUGCACAGCCCACAGGCAUAUGCCAAACUGCUCUGACAUAUGUUUUCAUCAGAAGUACCGAACCCAGGAUGGAACUUGCAACAAUCUCCAACACCCCACCUGGGGUGCCUCCCUGACGGCAUUCCAGCGCAUCCUGAAACCUGCCUAUGAGAAUGGCUUCAAUUUACCCCGUGGGGUUGGGCGUGAUAUCCUCUCUAAUAAGGAUCCCCUCCCACUGCCCAGGCAGGUCUCAACAGAGUUGGUGGCCACAGCGACGGUCACUCCUGAUGACAGGUACACACACAUGCUCAUGCAGUGGGGCCAGUUUUUGGAUCACGACUUGGAUCACACGGUGCCUGCGUUGAGCACAGCUCGCUUCUCUGAUGGGCAGCCGUGCAGUUCUGUAUGUACUAAUGAUUCUCCUUGCUUCCCCAUUUUUAUUCCUCGCACUGACCCCCGGGGGACCCAGGCAUCAUGUAUGUUCUUUGCACGCUCCAGCCCGGUGUGUGGCAGCGGCACAACCUCCUUGAUGAUGAAUUCAGUCUACGCCAGGGAACAAAUUAACCAGCUCACAGCUUAUAUCGAUGCCUCUAAUGUUUAUGGCAGUUCAGAGCGGGAAUCUCUCAUUCUCCGAGACCACACAGAGACCAGGGGACUCCUGAGGACAGGCUUACUUUGGGCCCCUUCUGGAAAGCCCUUACUGCCCUUUUCUACAGGACCACCCACUGAGUGCACAGGGCAGGGCCAAGAUGGCAGCAGCCCCUGUUUCCUGGCUGGGGACCACAGAGCCAAUGAGCAGCUAGCACUCACUGCCAUGCACACCCUCUGGCUUCGAGAACACAACCGGGUGGCCUCAGAGCUGUCUGCCCUGAACCCCCACUGGGAUGGAGACACUCUUUAUCAUGAAGCCAGGAAGAUUGUAGGGGCUGAGAUGCAGCAUAUCACUUACAGCCACUGGCUGCCCAAGAUUCUGGGGGACCCUGGCAUGAAGAUGUUGAGGGAUUACCAGGGUUACGAUCCAAAUGUCAACGCAGGGAUCAUUAACUCUUUCGCUACUGCAGCCUUCAGAUUUGGCCACACAUUAAUCAAUCCUGUUCUUUACCGAUUGAAUGACACCUUUGGUGAAAUUCCUGAAGGUCACCUUCCACUCCACAAAGCUUUCUUUUCGCCUUCCAGAAUAACCCAGGAAGGUGGGAUAGAUCCCCUUCUUCGUGGGCUAUUUGGUGUGCCGGCUAAAUUGCGUGUACCUUCCCAACUUCUCAGCUUGGAGCUGACUGAGAAGCUGUUCGCCUCCGCACAUUCUGUGGCACUGGAUUUGGCUGCCACAAACAUUCAAAGGGGGCGAGACCACGGGAUCCCGCCAUAUGUUGACUUCAGAGUUUUCUGCAAUUUGUCUUAUGUUCAGAACUUUGAAGACCUUCAGAAUGAAAUUAAAAACUCAGAGAUCAGACAAAAGCUGAAAAAAUUAUAUGGCACUCCAGACAACAUUGACUUCUGGCCUGCCCUCAUGGUAGAAGAUUUGAUCCCUGGAACUCGAGUGGGACCCACACUUAUGUGCUUGCUUGUUACCCAGUUUCAGCGGCUAAGAGAUGGAGACAGGUUCUGGUAUGAAAACCCUGGCGUGUUUACCCCUGCACAACUCACUCAACUGAAACAGGCAUCAUUGGGCCGUGUGCUUUGUGACAAUGGUGACAACAUUCAGCAGGUCCAGGCAGACGUCUUCGUGAAGGCAGAAUACCCACAGGAUUAUGUGAGCUGCACAGAGAUACCAAAGGUCGACCUGCGAGUAUGGCAAGACUGCUGUGACGACUGCCGGCAUAGAAGAGAAUUUGGGGAAUCCACGAAAGAAUCUCCAAAGAAGCGCUCUGUUCAGUACAGGUAUCUUGACAAGGAAAAUGUGGGCUUCGGUGACCUAACUGGCAUGCAACAAGAUAACUUGUACAUGGACGAAGAUGCUGCAGAUGUGACACUUCCGGCAAAAACAAAAUUUGCCCAGGAUUUCAGCAAUUUUGCAGCAGAAAUUCAAAAAACCAUCAGAACUCUGAGAGGACAGAUAAACAAGUUGGAGGCACGCUUGAGGCAGGUAGGAUGUAGAGACGAUAAAGGAAUUCAAAGGAAAGACAAUGAAUGCUGGAUGAAGGAGGACUGCGUCAGUUGCUUUUGUAAGAGUGGCCAGGUCACCUGUGUGGAGAAAACUUGUUCCUCAGCAUCUUGUAUAAUUUCUAAUUUGGUAAAAGAAACCUGCUCUCCAGUUUGCAAAGACCCAUGAAUAGCUGCUGAAUGCAUGGAGAAACUCGGACUGUAUCUUCUGCUCUUAAGCCCCUAGUGGGAUUUCUCAGGAAAAGGCAGUUAGACAAUAAAAAUUGACACGUUUAACCUGUAGUCACCUGUAAAUGCCAUAGAAACCACAGAUGUCAGAGGAAGUUAGCUCUUAAGCCUUAGUCAUAUUGAAAAUUUUUACCAUUUCAUUUUCUAACACUCCUUGAUAUGAUGA